AUAGUAAUGGAUGAAUCUUUCUUGGUUUGAUUCUUUUCUUUAGCUUUGGUUAAUCUAUCAAGAUAAAUAUAUAUAUAUAUAUAUAUAUUUAUAUCAUUGGAACAAUUCAUCGCUUGAUACACAAGAAAGGUAGGACUCUAAAUGUUCCUCGGUUUUAUAUUGCAAAAGAAUGACAUAUAACUUUUAACUUAGUGUAUAUAUAGAUGUAUAACUAAUAGAUGAGAUAUACAAGUCAUCUCUUGAUGAACUGGACUAAGAAGGUGUACAGGCUUGUGCCAAAUUGGAAGCGUGAAACAGAAGUAAAAAAUCUAGGUUACAAGGUUCAUGGCAAUCCUUUCUCCACCAGCACAAGGCGUGUUCUCGCUGUUCUCCUUGAGAAAGGGCUAUCUUACGAGUCCAUUACUGUCGAUUUAAAAUCCGGUGAACACAAGACGGAGUCUUUCCUCUCUCUCAACCCUUUUGGUCAAAUCCCAGUUUUUGUAGAUGGAAACAUUAAGCUGCAUGAGUCUCGAGCCAUAACACAAUACAUUGCAUAUGUUCAUAGCACAAGAGGCACACAACUUUUGUAUCUUCAAAGCCACGAGACAAUGGCAAUACUAACAGUGUGGAUGGAAAUCGAAGCUCACCAGUUCGAUCCAUUUGCAUCAAAACUCACUUGGGAGCAAGCCAUUAAGCCUAUCUACGGUCUAGAGACUGACCAAGUGGUCGUCAGAGAAAACGAGGCGAAUCUAGAGAAGGUUCUAGAUAUCUACGAGAAACGACUCGGAAAAUAUAGAUUCUUGGUUUGUAAUACUUUUACUUUGGCUGAUCUUCAUCAUUUGCCAAAUAUUCAAUACCUUUUGGGAACUCCAACAAAGAGAUUGUUCGAAGAUCGACCUAAAGUGCUUAAGUGGGUGGGCGAGAUUACGGGUAGAGAGGCUUGGAAGAUGGCUUGUGAUCAUGAAAAGUAUUGGUUUGGUAAGCAAACGAAAUAAAUGAAAACUGUGUGAGAAUGUAAUUGUGUGUUGUAUAGUUUGGCCUUUGUUUGUAAGCUUGUGUUGUUUGUUGUGUGGUGAAUCUUAUAAGAUUCAUUGUGUGUAUGUAUGUUGUGAUGUAUGUGUGAAUAAAGGGAAUAAUAAUAAUAUAUUUAAAAUAUAGCAAUAUUUCCACAGAUAAAAUAAGGGCUCAUCUAUUAUCUUGGCAAUGUUUUCUUAAACUUAGACGGUACCCAUAUAGAUUUGAAUGUGAAUAAUUAUGAGUUCUGUGAUCCAAGAAUUGUUUAAUUUUGCUUUAAGCUUUGAAUAUUUUAUGUCGAACUAGGGUAAACCCGCCCUACGGGCGGGCGGGUGAGUAAGUGAAGAAACCAUAGAAUACAUAUUUAGAGUAAGUGAAGAAACAAUAUAAUACAUAUUUAUUUUAUGUACAUUUAAAAUACUCACACUAAGUAUUUAGAGCGUUCACUAUUUUUUUUGUUUUUUUUAAAUCACAGGUUUGUCUAAUUUAUAAGCUGAUUUUUUUUAGUGGAUGGUUAUAUAUUAUGUUUGAGCAAUUAUUUUAUAAAUUAUUUACUUUUAUAUGAUAUUUAAAUAUUGAGAAUCACAGAUGGUUGACUAAAUUGCAUAAUACCAUGCUUAGUUACGAUUCAGAAUCUGAAUAAAAUAAUAAAUUUUUAUUAAGAGAGUUUCAUUUAUUUUAUUUGCUUUUAUUUAUUUCUUAUCGAAUUAUUAUAUAUUUCUGUAUUCAUUUAGACUUUAUUGCUAUUUACUUUAAUCUUCAAUAUUAUAAUUGAAUUAGGUUCGUUCAUUGAACUUCGUUAAAUAUUUAAAUUAAUUUUUUAGUGGAUGGGUUAUAUAUUAUGUUUGAACAAUUAUUUCUUAUAUAUGAUAUUUAAAUAUUGAGAAUCAAAGAUGGUUGACUAAAUUGUGUAGUACCAUGCUUAGUUAUGAUUCUCUGAAUAAAACAAUAAUUUUUUUAUUAAGAGAGUUUCGUUUAUUUUAUUUGAUUUUAUUUAUUUCUUAUCGAAUUGUUGUUUAUUGCGGUAAUCAUUUAGACUUUACUGCUAUUUACUUCAA